UGCGUGUUCUGUUCCGGUAGUUACGUCAUGGUUACGUCACUAUCUGACAUGAGUCUGUCGACGGCAGUCAAAGUCAUUGGCUACGAAAUAAAUAAUUAAAAUUCGGUUUCUCCAAUUCACAAUGAAUUAUCGCAAUUUGGAGAGGGAAGUCUUCGCAACGAAAUCUUUAUAUUUUUUACGCGAUUCCGCAGUUAGGCCGCGGAAACGAUAGCGGUAGAAGGUUUUUUUUCGCUUCCUUAAACGGGUAUUGGCUUUCUAAAAAUGGGUUCUUGGCCAGAAAAUGUUGGUAUUUUGGCUAUGGAAUUGUAUUUUCCAUCGCAAUAUGUGGAACAAACAGAACUGGAGCAAUUCGAUGGAGUGUCUGCUGGUAAAUACACAAUUGGAUUAGGUCAAAAACAAAUGGGCUUCUGCAGCGACCGAGAAGACAUCAAUUCCUUGUGUUUAACGGUAGUGCAAAAUUUGUUAGAUAACAAUGGCAUACGACCAUCGGAUAUUGGAAGACUUGAAGUAGGUACUGAAACUAUAAUUGACAAAUCCAAGAGUGUCAAAACAGUACUAAUGCAGCUCUUUGAACCACAUGGAGUAACUGAUAUUGAGGGCAUAGAUACUACAAAUGCGUGUUUUGGUGGAACUGCUGCUUUAUUCAACUCUGUCGCUUGGGUUGAAUCUUCCCUCUGGAACGGUAGAUAUGCCCUUGUGGUUGCUGCUGACAUAGCUAUUUAUGCCAAAAGUGCUGCUAGACCUACUGGAGGUGCUGGUGCGAUAGCAAUGCUCGUGGGACCAAAUGCUCCUUUAGUCAUCGAUCGUGGCCUUCGGGGUUUUUAUUGCCGCCAUGUUUAUGAUUUUUACAAGCCAGAUUUAACAUCUGAAUAUCCAGUAGUGGAUGGAAAACUUUCUAUUCAGUGUUAUUUAAGUGCUCUUGAUAAGUGUUAUAAACUAUAUACUCAUUCUGUGAAAAAACGGGUCAAUCAAGACAUUAAUUUAAAUUAUUUUCAUGCAAUACUGUUCCACACUCCAUUCUGCAAGUUGGUGCAGAAAUCUUUGGCACGGUUGGCUGUUAAUGAUUAUGUUAAUGUUCCCGAAGGGGCUAGGGCAGUGAAGUAUCCAGAUUUAGAUAAAAAAUUCCCUAACAUUAAAUUGGAAGAAUCAUAUUUUGACAGAGAAAUAGAAAGUGCUUUCUUAGCGUAUAGCAAGGACUUGUUUGAAGAGAAAACGAAACCUUCACUAUUAGUAGCGAAUUUGGUUGGUAACAUGUAUACUCCCUCAUUGUAUGGGGGUUUAGUUUCAUUUUUAGUGUCGAAAGAUGUCUCGCAGUUAGCAGGUGCUAAAGUGGGUUUGUUUUCUUAUGGAUCUGGAUUAGCUUCAUUGUUUUUCUCAAUAACAAUUACUGCAGAUGUUAAAAAUAAAGACUUAAAUAAGCUUGUGUCAAAUUUAAAAUUGAUAAUUUCACUGUUAGAUCAAAGAGCUAAAGCCGCGCCACAAGAGUUUGAUAAAAUCAUGGAAGAGAGGAAAGAGAGUUUGCAUAAGGCGCCAUAUGAGCCCUUGGGUAACACUGACACUUUCUUUCCUGGCACAUAUUAUUUAACUAAAAUUGAUGAGGCCUAUAGAAGAUUUUACGAUAGAGUUCCAACAUCAAUCAAUAAUCACGAGUAAGACAUGCGUUUGUUUUAGUUAAUUUAAUAUUUGGUUUUGAACCAUUUUUUGUUUUCUGUUUGUAUUUGAAUUUUUAUAAAAUUUUACCAAAUUAAUCUGCAUUGGUUCCUUUUUGUUUAUUUAAGUUUUUCUACAUCUAAAGGAUGAAUUCUUAAUACAUUUAAAUUGUAAGUCAAUACAUAUUUGAUACAAUGUAAAAAUCCUUUAAUUCCGAUUCAUUCUUCGGUUAAUAAAUAACUAUAAAAUCCGGUUUUUCAUUUAUAUAAUUUAGGAAUAUUAAACAUCUAUUGUUGAUUUGGGUAGUAGCUAUGGAUUAUAGUUUUGAGUAUUUUAUGGAAUCAAAAUUUAAGUGUUACAGUGAUAUUUAUUUACACCAUGUUAACGAUUAUGAGUGCGUUUAUGAACAAUUUUUGUGCCUAAUUAAAUCAAAAGAACAAUAAUGAAGCCGUUGUUUUAUUAGUUGCGCGUAUUAUAAAAAACGGACCCAGUAAUAUUGUAAAAAAUCGAAAUGCUCUUCGGAAUAAUUGAAAUUUCUUGGUUACCAUUUCAGUUUUAUUUGAAAAUUAUAUAUUUCUUUGGUAACACAUUAAAAGUUAGAAUUGGAGCCAAUAAACUUAAGCAGUUUGCACUUAGUUCUCCUGUAUAAUUUUGCACCUUUUCAUGAAACUUGGAAUUAACAUGAUACUUUCGUAUUUAUACAGAGUGGCCAAAUAAGAGUGCAAAAUUCUUUGUCUUUAACACAUAUAUUUUUUGGUACGUUUACUAGAUGGAUAUCAUAGAAGAAUCCCUUUAAAAAUUUAAGGUGGCGGUUACGGCCCUUUGCUACCAUCUAGGAUAUUUAAAAAUAUUUUGGACUGUCUUAUUUUGACCAAGCAUGUCUCGAUGGGAAAUAGUUUCUGAAAUACAGAACUUAGCACUCUUAUUUAGCUACGCUGUAUAAUUUUUCUUUCAUUGAUUGGGUGAAAAGACAACGGAAAAUCGUACCUAUUUAUGUAUUUAUUUGCGCGAUAUAAAAAUGUCCGUUUAAGCAAGUUACACAGAUAAUUAGCCCGUAGCUGGAAAAAAGUACAGAGAAAAUAAGGUUCAAAGUUAAUUUUUAGUUUGUCUAAACGAUUUCAAUUACGCAUGAACGUCCAAAGAUCCGGGACAGAAGUUGUUAUCGGCGAAGACCGGGUACCUAAAUAACGCGUUACGAGUGCAUGUUCUGUUUAACUAAUGAUGGGCACUUAAAAAUACGUCCUGGAUCUACGUUACUACUUUUUUGGCGUGAAUGUUGAAAAGAAUUUGCAUAACUAACUGGGAGUGCAUUUUUCUGAUAGAUAAUAUGUACAUUCAGACAUCUGUGUGUAUACCUAAUAUAAAAAAUUAAAGCUUUC